AUGUCUGAGAAUCCCGUCCCAGUACCCAAUGCCACGAGGCCAUAUUGGCGCCGGGACCUGCACCCUCUCGACAGCCAUCAGAGCUCCGAAACCUUACCCGCGGAACAGGACAUCGUCAUCAUCGGCGCUGGCUACGCGGGCGCUGCUCUGGCCUACUAUCUGCUCGACGGCGUUGAAGAGUCCUCCCGCCCGGCGAUCACGAUUCUUGAGGCCAGAGAAGCAUGCUCCGGCGCGACGGCUCGCAACGGCGGCCAUGUUCGGCCUGAUCUCUACGCCGGCCUUCCCGCUCGCAUUAAGAGAUUCGGCCAGGAGGCCGCGGAUGAGAUGGCUCUGUUUGAGCUUGCCAACCUGCAUGGCGUGAGGGAUCUGGUACGGGAGAAGAAAAUCGACUGCGAUUUCAGGGUCACAACGUCCAUGGCAGUGAUCAGAGACGAAAAGCUUGCCAAGCCGUUGAAGGACGGUCUCGACGAGCUCCUGAGGCUGGGGUCGCCCACAGCGAAGCUCGUUCACUACGUCGAAGGAAAGGCGGCGGAGGUCUUCUCGGGUGUCAAGGGAGCAAUGGCAGCUUUUGCCUUCGAAGCCGGCUCGAUCUGGCCCUACAAGCUGGUUCUCUAUCUUCUGUCGCAGGCCGUUGACAAGGGGGCCCAGCUGCACACCCACACGCCCGUCACCGAGGUCUCGGACUCGCGAGAAGACGGCUUCUGGAUCGUCACCACGCCCAGAGGUAUCAUUAAAGCAAAGACGGUGCUCUACGCGUCCAACGGGUACACCUCGACGUUGCUCCCCGAGUACAAAAACCGCAUCAUCCCUGUCCGCGGCGUCUGUAGCCACGUGGCGGUCCCCGAAGGCGGCGCUCCUCCUCCGUAUCUCCCGACGACCUACUCGCUGCGCCAUGGCGCCAACUUGUACGACUAUCAAGUCACGCGACCGGACGGCAGCAUCGUCGUGGGCGGUGCUAGGACCGAGGUCAUCCCGCACGUGGAGGAGUGGUACAACGUCUGGGACGACUCCAAGAUGAUCGAGCCCGCCGCUCACUACUUUGACGACCAUAUGCAGAGAAACUUCCGCGGGUGGGAGGACAGCGGGGCCGAGGUUGAUAGUAUCUGGACGGGGAUAAUGGGGUACACCAACGAUCUGUACCCCCAUGUUGGCCCGGUGCCGUCAAAACCGGGGCAGUUCGUCUGUGCGGGAUUCAACGGGCAUGGCAUGUCGUUCAUCCUCCUGACGGCCAGGGGUCUGGCCAAGAUCGUACGGGACGGCGUGCCCUUCUCGCAGUCUGGCGUCCCCCGGCUCUUUGAGACAAGCGAGAGCAGGCUGAGACGAGACGAGAACGAGCUGCUCGCAUGA